GAAGUACUUUUAAUUCAUGUGUACCAUUCUUAAUGAGGAAAUUGCUAUUUUAUAUUUUAAUAUGAUAGUACACAUCACGCUGAUAGUAUUUGUCGCAUUGUGGAGUGAAGUACAUGGUAUUGAAUGGAAAGAUAUUCCUGAUGCAGAAGUCUAUACACAGUUGGGUUCCAGUGUAACACUACAGUGUGCAUUUGACGUAACACCGACACUCUCUACCAAAUGGUCACAAGAAUCACCAACAUAUAGAGACGUCUCUUUUAACACAGCAAUUGUUCCUGGUAGUUGUGAUGAGUGUAGUAUAUCAGGAGAUUCAUCCAACGCAGAGUUUUAUCUCACUAUAAAUCCUAUAAAAGCAGACCAUAUUGGAACAUGGAGAUGUAAGAUUCUAGAGCUAGUACCUCAGUACUAUGAAACUGACAUAAUUAUGCAAGAACCAGCAACUAUCAUUACACCACCAUCUGACCAGACAGUAAAUGAAGAUGGAUCUGUCACAUUUGAGUGUACAGCUACUGGUGUACCUGAUGUUACAUACACAUGGCAGAAAGACAGCACUGAUAUUGAUAUAGGUGGUAGAUAUGCAGUGACUGAUGGAUCAUUGACAAUAUCCAAUAUUGAGAAAUCUGACUAUGGUACAUACACUUGUAUUGCUGACAAUGGUGUUGGAUCUGGUGACUCAAGAUCAUCUGUUCUGACAGUUAAUUUUAAACCUGAAAGUUCUAGUUUGUCCGGUUAUACUGGUGCUGUUACCAGUGGUAGUAAUCUACUGUUAACCUGUACAACAACAACUAGUAACCCAUCAGCUACUAUACUGUGGUACAGGAAUAAUAAUAUAAUAUAUGAUAACGAUGAUAAUAUCAAUAUUGGGUCUCUAAUUGAAACUAAUGGUGACUACAAUGGCAAGAUAUCAGAACAACAAAUAACAAUAACAACAAGAGCUGAAGAUAACCAAGCAGAGUAUAAGUGUAAAGCAAGGAAUUCACAAGUCACUGGAGAUGUUUAUUCAAAUAGUGUACCCAUUACAGUGUAUUUUAAACCUGAUAGUGCUAGUUUGUCUGGUUAUACUGGUUCUGUUACCAGUAGAAGUUAUAUACUGUUAACCUGUACAACAACAACUAGUAACCCAUCAGCUACUAUACUAUGGUACAGAAAUAAUAAAAUAGAUGAUAACGAUGAUAAUAUCAAUAUUGGGAUACUAACUGAAACUAAUGGUGACUACAAUGGCAAGAUAUCAGAACAGCAAAUAACAAUAACAACAAGAGCUGAAGAUAACCAAGCAGAGUAUAAGUGUAAAGCAAGGAAUCCACAAAUCACUGGAGAUGUUAAUUCAUAUAUUGAAACCAUUACAGUGUAUUUUUCUCCAGUCUACCCGGAUGGAUGCAGUACAUUAUUGUCUGGUUACCCUGGUGAUAAUGGUCAUGUCAUAGCUGGUGAUAUUUUGAUCCUCACAUGCACGUCGUGUAGCAGUAACCCGGAUGCUAGUCUGAUAUGGUACCAUGACAACCAAAUGAUCAACGUUCCAAAUCAGCUUGUGUAUGUGGAUAGUGUAUACAGUGGAAGAAAAUCAACACAAGAGAUGACAAUUACAUUAACAUAUCGUCAUCAUAAUAAUGAAUUAUAUUGUAAAGCAAAGAACAGUCAGGUGGGACAAAGUAAACAGUCAAAUGCAGUGUUCCUUAAUGUACAUUAUAAACCAUUUGUUGUGAAUGUAUCAAACAAUCAGUGGUCGGUUGCCAGUCAAGGAACUGUAGCAGAACUACGAUGUGAGAUUGAAAGCAACCCACUUUCCACGGUAAUAUGGUAUCGUCCAAAUAAUCAAUCAAUACAUAUUGACAGUAGAACCAGCAUCAAAACAGUGUCACAUGGAACCUUACAUGAAAGCAUAUUGACAAUACAGAAUACAAUGCUAAUAGACUAUGGUAGUUAUUCCUGUUUCGCAGAAAACGAUAUUGGCAACACAACAUUCAUUGUCACGUUCAACGAUAACAGCGUUCCAGAUGCACCAAAAUCCAUUGUACCAUUGUACCGAUACUAUGACCGUCUGUCUGUCAUUAUAAUUCCCGGAUAUAAUGGCGGAGAUAUAAAUACAACAUACUUUAUACAAUAUCGUACCCGGAAAAAUGCAUCGUUCAUCGAAUUGAACACUGGUAGCUCAGAUAUAUCGAUUACAAUGCAAAUACGUAAAUUAGAAUCGUCAACACCAUAUGAAUGUAGAGCAUAUGCUGCCAACGCAAUUGGUAUAGGACCAUACAGUAAUAGUAUUGUAAUCAGAACAUUGGACGAGCCAAUUGUGGAACUGGAUUAUGAUACUAGAAUACUGAGCUGGACACGUCACGAGAACAAGACAUAUACAUGUGUGAAAAUAGAAACACGUCACGUGGAUGUCACAUGGGAUGUUAUAGUGAAAUGUAUCGAUAGAAAUAAACUUGAAUACAAAGUGAAUGAUACAAAUAGAGAAUACAGAAUUACAUAUUGCACUGAAGAUGGGAUUUGUGAAAGUCGUGAAUUCUCUGCAUUAACAGAGAGUAUUAGUAAUGGUAAUAUAUUCCAGUUCAACUAA